GGAGAGGGCAGUGACCCCUGAAGUGUCUGUCUGAUUAACUCUGGAGACGAGGAGUGGACUGAUCCUGGUCUGAAGGCGGAAAACUGACAGAAUAUGCUGGAUCUGAGAACAAUCGGAAAUGUGUACUUCCUCCUGCCACUUCUUCAAGGCACAGUGUCGAAUGAGUGGACAGCUGACAGACCAUCACAAGUGACAGCACAGAGAGGCUUGUGUGCCCGGAUUCCAUGCCACUACCAUUAUCCAUCAAGUGUUGAUAAGUCGUCCUGGACUGGUAUCUGGUAUAACAGUGACAAUUCGAAAUCUCAACAUAUAGCCGUUCACUCCAACGAUCACAGUCAGGAGAAACAGAAGUUUCAUUCUCGGGCACGUCUGUCUGGAAACUUGAAAGAUGGUGACUGUUCCCUGGUUAUUGACAACAUCAGCCAGAAAGAUGAAGGGUGGUAUUUGUUCAGGAUUGAAUUUGUCGGAGGUAACCGCUACAACUAUUACCCUGCUACGCAGCUCCGUGUCUCUGAUUUCACGGAUAAACCCACGAUAUUCGCUGCUGAAAUUGUUGAAGGAAAGUCUGUGGACAUAACCUGCAUCUUCAACACCACGUGUGAUGGAACUUCACCCACCUUAACCUGGGUCACUCCCACGGAUGUACCACCAUCAGUCUCAAGCAGUGUAACUCGGUGGCACAACACUCUGACAUAUACUUCUGUCCUGACCAUGACCCCAGCGCUCAAGCACCACGGGCAAAGUCUCACCUGCAGAGUCAGAUACCCAUCUGUUUCAUCGGAGCAGACCCUCACACUAACUGUGAAGUAUGCCCCACAGAAUCUGUCAAUCACUUCUCCCAACAACGUGAACAAUUCCUGGCUGAAUAUGAAGGAGGGGAUUCCAACAUCAGUCCUCUGCACUGUCCAGAGUUUCCCAGCCUCUAACCUGAUAUGGAGACAUCUCGGUGUCACACUGAACACAACAAGUUCCAGCAAUGAAUUGUGGCUGGAGUUUCCUCAGGUGACACCCCAGCAGGCUGGAGUCUAUCAGUGUGUGGCGGAGAAUGAACACGGGACAGCGGAGAGGGUCCUCACCCUCAGUGUGGAGUGUAAGUGGAUGCAUUGCUACAUCUCUAAGUACAAAUGAAAAGGCAGUGGAGCAAUUUUCCUUCGACACACAAUGCACACUCAGUGGCCACUUUAUUAAGUACCUGCACACCUGCUGAUUAAUGCAAAUAUCUAAUCAGUGAAUCAUGUGGUGGCAUAAAAUCAUGUAGAAAUGGUUAAGAGAUUCAGUUGUUGUUCAGAGCAAAUAUAUGA